AUGGAGACGGCGGACGAGGAGGAAGAAGAGGAAGAAGCUAGAUUGGCAACCGCUCGCUGCGCCGUUUUCGCACUAGUUGGCGCUCUGUCCUCACCCCGCAUUCUUACGCCCCCUGCCGACGCACACCCCACCGGCCUUGUAGAACCCGACGCUGCCGCCGCCGAUUGCAGGGAUGGAGGAACAGGAGCAGUAGGAGGAGGAGCGACCACCGCUACAGUGUCAUGGGGUUUACUUGCCGCUGAUUGCUCGUCUCCGGUGCAAACCGACUCGGCCGCCUUUUGCACAGACCUCAGCUCCACGAGCCCCUGCACAGACGACGGCUUCGUGGCUUCCCUCGGUUGGCGGUCUAUUUUUUUGUUCUUGGCCAUCGUAUCUGAGUUGUCGACCAAGCCGGAGGAGCUUUGCUGCACUCGAGCGCUCCGGUUGUUGAGGUGGCUGUUUCGGCGCCCCACUCCUGGCGGUAUAACCGGGUAUCCUCCGGGUUUACAGAGAUCAACUUUCCGGGCGAUAAAUCCCACAGGAGCUCCAAUGGCGGGAACGCAAUCAGCUUUCCGGGUGACAAAUCCCACAGGAGCACCGACGGGGACGGAAUCAGCCACCGCGGGGGUGCACAACUCGGAUGCAGCACCGCGACGUUCUGGCGGUAUAACCGGGUAUCCUCCGGGUUCACAGAGAUCAACUUUCCGGGCGAUAAACCCCACAGGAGCUCCAAUGGCGGGAACGGAAUCAGCUUUCCGGGUGACAAAUCCCGCAGGAGCACCAACGGGGACGGAAUCAGCCACCGCGGGGGUGCACAACUCGGAUUCAGCGCCGUGA